GCGGCAAACCUCCGCGGGACCCCCUCGACGAGCCGGCCGCCCCGGGCCCACGGCGGCGGCGAGCAUGGACGCGGUGCUGUUGGAGCACUUCCCCGGGGGCCUGGAUGCCUUCCCUUCUCCGUACUUCGACGAGGAGGACUUCUUCACCGACCAGUCCUCCCGGGACCCUCUGGAGGACGGCGAUGAGCUGCUGGCGGACGAGCAGGCCGAGGUGGAGUUCCUGAGCCACCAGCUGCACGAGUAUUGCUACCGCGACGGGGCGUGCCUGCUGCUGCAGCCCGCGCCCUCGACCGCCCCGCUCGCGCUCGCCCCGCCGCCCUCGGGGGGCCCCGGAGAGCCGGGGGACGGCGGCGGCGGCGGCGGCGGCGGCGGCGGCAGCUACUGCUGCGACGCGGGGGCGCCCCCCGGCGGCUUCCCCUACUCGCCCGGCUCGCCGCCCUCUUGCCUGGCCUACCCGUGCGCCGGGGCGGCCGUGCUGUCCCCCGGGGCGCGGCUGCGGGGCCUGAGCGGCGCGGCGGCGGCAGCGGCGGGGCGGCGGCGGCGGGUGCGCUCCGAGGCCGAGCUGCAGCAGCUGCGGCAGGCGGCCAACGUGCGCGAGCGGCGGCGCAUGCAGUCCAUCAACGACGCCUUCGAGGGGCUGCGCUCGCACAUCCCCACGCUGCCCUACGAGAAGCGCCUCUCCAAGGUGGACACGCUGCGCCUGGCCAUCGGCUACAUCAACUUCCUCAGCGAGCUCGUGCAGGCCGACCUGCCACUGCGCGGCGGCGGUGCGGGCGGCUGCGGGGGUCUGGGUGGCGGCGGGCGCCUGGGCGGGGACAGCCCGGGCAGCCAGGCCCAGAAGGUCAUCAUCUGCCAUCGGGGCACGCGGUCACCCUCCCCCAGCGACCCGGAUUAUGGCCUCCCCCCGCUGGCAGGGCACUCUCUCUCAUGGACUGAUGAAAAACAACUCAAAGAGCAAAAUAUUAUCCGAACAGCCAAAGUGUGGACCCCAGAAGACCCCAGAAAACUCAACAGCAAAUCUUCCUUCAACAAUAUAGAAAACGAACCGCCCUUUGAGUUUGUGUCCUGAGAAGUCCCAGGCUCAGCUGAGGACCUGAUUAUGUCUCUGUGCAUAUUGUACAUGUAAAUAUCUAUAAUGUAAAUGUAAUUUAAGAAUCAGAUUUUUCUAAUGGCAAUCAGCUCUUUGUUAUUUAUCUAUUUAUUAUCCUGUUGAGUUAAUGAAAUAGGUGCUCUCUUUUGAAAUAUAUAAUUUAUAUAAUUUAUCCUGAUUUUCUGAAAAUAUGCAAUAGCCUAUGAUUCCCUCGGCACCUUUGGCAGACCUCUGCGUUGUUGGAAGAACUCUGGCCCGAAAACUUCAUGCUUAUUUAUUGCCAGAUAUGGUUUAUUUCUAAGCGUUCUUAAUAAAUGCUAUGUACACCUUUUUCUUAAA